AUGGUACCCUCGAACCCACGUGUUUCCGAUGACUCGGAGCCAAACCUUCCCGGCUAUAAUAGGUACACCGCUGCAAGGGGUCCCGACUUUCGAACACUCCCCUUAUCUGUUCCCGGUAGGUACACUACUCAUACACUGCCGAUAACAGGUGCCGCGAGCUACAAGUCAAACACUGUCUGGACACCAGCCAACUAUCCAUGGACAUCAAGCCGCGAUUCAGACGCAAUAUACGCAUCCAUUCCCCGCACACUUAAUCCUCCCGAGCCACCGCUUCCUCCAAGUAACCAAGAAUACUCUGCAGCUUCGAAUACAAACCAGAUUGCGCCACCUUUACCAGUUGCAGCCGCACGUGCCGAAAAUUUUAGUCGAGCUCGAGGUAUUCAUGGACCUAGCAGAUUAUCGAGAGAAGUCUUUGCGAACGAUUACAAAUACAGAGGACAAAGCUCGAACGAAAAUGCUACUCGUAGUUCAAAUUACAAUUCCGCUUCACUUGCUGGCCUUGGGGAGCCAAUACAACAUGAAUAUUCAAAUAAUCAUCGCAAGAGAAGUAUUAAAUACGCCUACAUCACACCUGAUAACCCUAUCUCGCUCGACUCAUCGUCUUCAACUUCUACAUCACCAAGCCGUGACGAGCGAUCUACUGGUCAAAGCACAGAUAUUUCGUAUCAAUCAGCAGGAAGUACGAAUAAAGAUCGAUCACCAGCUCAGCGAGCAACGGAGAGAUUAUGGGCAAUGAUGUAUCAAGAUAAUCCUACUGCCAGAGGCAAGGAUUUGACGUUGAUUGCAAGGGAGGGAAGUGAACUUGAAACACAGGCGGAAGAAGACCGGAAGAACUGA